AAAAACUUCCGCAGAAGAGUAGCGAUUAGAAGAAGAGCUUCCAUCAUGAGUGUAGAAAUUCUGAAUGGUGCCACCAUUGCUGGCUUUGUUGAAGAUGAAGAAGCAUUCAACAGUUGGGUACAUGGCCGCUUUGCCGCUCUUGACGAAGAUCAAGACGGUGUGCUUUCCUACGAGGAGAUGUUGAAAGAACUGCAGUGUCUUAGGGUUUUUGAGACCGACUUUGGGAUUGAUGUGAAGACAGACCCAGAUGAAGUUGCUGGAGUCUACUGCUUUCUGUUCUCGCAGUUUGAUCGUGACUCAAAUGGGGUGUUGGAUUUUGAGGAGUUCAAGACUGCGACCAAGAGAAUGAUGCUGGCCGUGGCUGAUGGGUUAGGUCUCUUGCCUUUGCAGAUGAUUCUAGAAGAGGGCAGUUUCUUGAAGAAAGCUGUUGAAUGGGAAUCCACCAAACUGGUGCCCUAAUCUGAUUUAGAUUCUUGUUUCCUUAAUUUUCUCUUCAAACUUACGUACGUAGUAGAGGGCUUUGAUUUGUAUUGGUGAAGAUGGUGGAACCUUAGAAGUUGUAGUGGCAGUAGAGAUUCAUAUUCUUGUACGUCUUUACACACCUGAUUGAAAAGCGCUUCUU